AUGCCCAUUUGCAUCGAGUGCCAGUACCCCGUCCAGACGCUAUGGACCGAGUACACGGGCGCCGGCGACAAGUCCAGUGGUCACAACAUUCGGCUAACUGUCUGUCGCAACUGCGGUCAGUUCUGCGACAAGUAUGUCGAGCACGACUUUGUCGUCAUCUUCAUCGACCUCGUCCUUAUCAAGCCCCAGGUCUACCGUCACCUGUUGCACAACACCCUCAUGCGCGAAGGCGACCAGUUUGAUCCAUCCAUUGUCCGCCUCGGCGUUCUUCUACUCCUCUUCGACGUCUACCUGACGUGGGUGCGCAUCGAGCGGCAGGCCAACCCCGAAGACGCCAUCAGCUUGUUUGGCUCGGCCAAGGGCGGCGGCGGCGCGUCCAGCCCCCUGUCGUCUCUGGCGCCUCCGCCAGCGUCCAUCGAAGCAGCUGUGCCCCCCCUCCUCGAAGCACCCGCCGGCGGCGCAUUUGCUUCGUCGUUUGCCUCGGCCUCGUCGCUGGCGCUCUCCCUGGCCCCGUCCUCGUUGUCGUCGCUGUCGUCCUCUUCCUCCGCUGCCUCCUCCUUUCUCCAGAAUCCGGCCGACAUUGCUGCCUCCGCCGCCGACAUUGGCCGCCUCGCCCAGCAGCCCAUUGUAUUUCAGUACUUCUUCUACCUCGUCCUCUGCGCCCUCUCGACCCUCGCCUUCCAUUUCUCGAUCCGCUUUCUCACCUCCUCGCCGCUGUCACCACUCGCCCGCAUGCGCAUCCUGCCGACCUUCCACCGCCCAAAUUCGGUGUCGACGGCGCUGCUCGUCAGCUCAUCCACGAAGCUGUUCCCCAUUCUCAUGGUGAUUUGGGAAUACGACGUGCCGGCAGCGGCGCGGUCGCUCGGGUGGGCCGUCGUCGUCAACAAUAUUGAAGCCUUGAAAAUCCUGCUCGACUGUGGAUACGGCACCGCAGCAUUUCUGGCCAUGGCCGGGGCGCUGAGUCGAUGGGCUAUUGGGCGGCUUGUGUUGUGGGUGGUGGGACUCGGUGACGUGGACGGUGCUGGCGCGAGCAGUAUGGCCGAAGACGGCAGGGCGCUCUGGGCCGUUGUUCGUAUGGUCCGCGACUGGGCGGGUAGACUGGCGGUUGGUUAA